AUGCCUGCGAAGCCACCCAAUGCCACGCGCACAAUGCCAAAAGGCAAGGGCAAAAAACAGAAGGCGCAAGGGCAGAAGAAUCUGCCCCCGCGACCAGAUCUCAGGUAUUACUCUGGACAACAGGGUCCACUGCCCAAGCCCGGAUGGUACAUACGCUGCUCCCUCGAUGCCCAGAUCGAUGCUAGCGCCAGAAAGCUGCAAGAGACAUCGCCAGUUACGAGGCCAAAUGGACUGCGUCCUCGUAUUCUUCUUGAGGCAUCUAAGUCUCGGAAGCUUGCACGCUUCUCCAGCUCUCCUCACUCUGACGAGGUCCAUCUGGAGCGGCGCGCCUCUUUUUCCAACUCACCAGUCUGUCUUUCUGUAAGGCCUAAGACUGCCUUCUCUUUCGUGGAAAGACCCGACAUACGAAAGCCAGUGACCGAGGUAGUUGCAGCGGCCAGAACGCCCUCAGCAGCGAUGGUUGUCUCUCGCCCGGUCCUGUCAGCGGGGAGCAAGACGGAAACAGCCGGUCUGCACAACCAGACUUGCGUGGGCAUAAAGCAUCCUUCUCAGAUGCAAGCGAAUGCCGCACAGCUGAAAACUGCGAUAACCCUGGAAGAUGUUCGAGCGUUGAACAUUGCAGCAGAUCCACGAUUCCUCGAAAUGCAAGAGUUUGCGUCGCGUUGUGCAGAACGAAUGCACAGAGACGUCGGUGGCCCUGGAUUAGAACAGACAUCGGAUAGUUCCUCGGCGGUGCCACCACCUCGACGUUUCCGGUUGGAAGCGAAGUGGAUUCCAAAGAAAGCUGCGUCGGAAGUUCAGAACGCAAUGUCAAUGGUAGAACGUCCCUUGUGGGCGCAUCCUCUUUCAUCGCUGCCUGAUGGAAAUUCUCGUGUACGUGUUAGACGGCCUUCGGCAUUCUGGAAUCCCAAGUCAUACCAGCACACCGAUACUGCUUCUACAGCAGCCGAUUCCAAGUCCUAUACACAGGCGUUCUAUGCUGAACUUGCAAACCGUCUGAGAGAGGUCGUCUCUUGCCGCGACACGAAUUUCCGUCUCGCUCACUUAGACAACGUCUACGAGUGGUUUCAACGAGAAAGGACUAGGUUUGUGACAACCGCAUCAAAUGGUGCCCAGAAACCGGGCGACUAUGGUGGAACAGGCAACCCGAACUGUAAAGGUACAGAUGCACCCUCAGCGAAUCCUGCAGAUCUUCCCCCCGCCUAUGCCUUUCCUGAGCUUCCUUGCCCUAGUGAUGCUUUUGACGCUUCUGCACUCGCUUCUAGUAGCGGUUCUGCCUUUUUUGACCCACAGAAGCCGAGGAGAGAUUCGUAUGGAGGUUUCGUUGAUCAGGACUCUGUAGAUAGUCUGGAUAGUUCGGCAGAUUUCCGACAUCUUCCUCGACAGGACAGGCUUCUCCUCAGGCAGAGGGAAAGAAAAGGGUCCAGUGCGUCAGAUUCUAUCUGCAGUUCUCGCCGAUCCUCUGCUUUACCUCACUCGAACUGCUGCAGACGCGGCAGUGAAGGCGACGUUUCUGUCGCCGAAAACCGUGACGUGGAAAAUCGUGGUCCUAAGACCUCUCGCCAUCUGACACUCGGCGACGGGGCGCAUCUAGACAGCAGCGUUCCCUGCGGUAUUCGAGUAGAAGACCCACCCUUUCUCGAGUUUGUCCAAAGCCAUGCUCCGCUCAUUUCACCACAAGAUUACCUCCUGGAGCUCGAAACACGAGACCUUAUUCCGCCGGGGAGUCCUGAGAAGUUUGUCAACGCAGGACGCAUGGCUUUGCUUUCUCAGAUACAGUCCCCUGUCAGAGUUGUCACUUCUCGGAAAGCGAGUCUUUCCGCAACAGGAAGAGGGUAUGAGGACGCCUGUGCCUCUUCAGAGCCAUCCGACGGACUGGGCGCACUGGAGGCAGCAACCCUUGGUACAAGCAGUCAGACAUGGGCGUCACGAUGCCACCGGAAAUAUCGGGGGGAUUUGCAGCAGAGAUACAUUCAAGACCUACGAAAACUCCGGCCGCCAUGGGGCAUGAAAAACAUUCAUGCCAAUUCACCGUCAAAAGCAGAUGAAGGAACCCGCUCUGUUAGCAGCUCGUCUGCAUGGAGGCGGUCUUCCAAUCACUUUACGAAGGCGGGACGACCUCCACGCCACACCUUUGCCGGUUAUUCGUCCAGUGGCGCCACAAAGGAGAAUAAAGCAGCUGCGGAGCUUAAUCUUGAGGAACGCUGGUUGGUCUGUCGCCAUCGAGAUAUCAUCCGAAUGCGGCAUGCGAGAGAGAAAAAACAAACAAUGGAAGAGUGGGCCAGAAGACGGUCACUUCUGCUAACUCAGGCUCAGAAGCAGGUCGAAGAGAUUCGCUGCUGGCAACCCCCAUCUCCUGAGUCGUCGAGUUCUUCAGAGUCGUCGUCAGACGAAGAAGAAACUCUGACGGUGGACCCCCCACUGACGCCUCGCAGUUCCGCCUUUCGCUGGAGUAUCGACAGCAGGCGAGCGUCGGAUUUUUCAAAUGGUCCUGGUUGGCGAGUGCUCAGAGAUGCCAUAGCAAAACGAACUUCGCUUGCACUUGUCUCCGAGGAAGCACAUGACCAGACCCAGCGGGAAAGGGAGGUUGACCAACAGAACGCGCAGGAAAACGCUGAUGAUAGUGGCGAAGACGUCAAAGAAGGCAAUAUUCAAGAUGACAGAUCUUCGUCUCUAUCUUCUUCAGAUUCAGACAACCAACACAGCGAAGACAACGAACAAGAGACGUCGCCAGAGGAGGGGGCGAGGCAAAAGACAGGAGCGCCUGCUCCGUCCGUCAGACGCAACGGACAGGCACAGAGGGAGAAGAGGAGGCAGUCGAAAAGGAAGGAGAUGAAGGACAAGGAGGAGGACAGGCAAGCGCAAAGAGAGAAAGAGAAGAACGCUCAAGAAGACUGCUCCAACUUAUCGAAGGGGCUCUGA